AGGGCGCAUGCGCCCGGCCGCGCCAUCAGCGGGACGCCGCCAUGACCUCCGCCUCCACCAAGGUGGGCGAGAUCUUCUCCGCGGCCGGCGCCGCUUUCACCAAGCUGGGCGAACUGACCAUGCAGCUGCACCCGGUGGCGGAUUCCUCCCCGGCCGGGGCCAAGUGGACGGACGCCGAGAUCGCCCUCCUGCGGGCUUCCGUGCAGCGCUUCGGCGACGACCUGCACCGCAUCAGCGCCCUCAUCAAGGACCGGACCGUGGCUCAGCUGAAGGCGGCCGCCAAGCGCAAAGCCUACGAGGACGCCGGGCUGCCUCCGCCGCCGCCGCCUCCCGCCACCGACUCCCCGAAGAAGCCCGCCGGUCGGAAGCCGCCACCGGUUCCACCCGCCGGUCCGGAGCCUCCCGCCGUCAAGAAGCCCCGGUCGGACUUGACCCUCAGCGCCCUGAACGAAGCCGAUGCGGCCCGGGAGGAGGACGGCGAAGCCGCGCCACCGGCCGCCAAGAAGCUCAGCUUUGACCAGGACAGCCUGAACCUGGAGCCCGGAUGCUUCCUGACGCCCGGCGGAGCCGACCUGCCGCU